AUGGAAAUUAUAGACGACCCUCCUAAGGAAUCAGGUAUUCCAAUUGAUUUACAAGAAAGAUAUGGACGUUGGAAGAAAAACACGAAACUGCUAUAUGAUUAUUUAAACACCAAUACUUCAAAAUGGCCCUCACUUACAUGCGAGUUCUUUCCAGAUUUAGAUACAACUACUGAUACACAUAGAAUUUUAUUAUCGUCAUUUACCUCAUCUCAAUUACCAGACGAUGAAGCAAUAUAUAUUUCCACAAUCUCAACAUCAAAACAUUUGAAUUGGGCUUCAUUGAAUAAUUUUGAUAUAGAUACAAUGGAAUUUAAACCUGAUAACUCAACUAAAUUUCCUUCUAAAAAUAUGACUACUGAUAUCAUUAUAAAGUUCCCAAAUGGCGAUUGUAACAGCGCAACUUUCCUACCCCAAAAUCCAGAUGUGAUCGCUGGUGCUUCGUCAGAUGGUUCCAUAUAUAUAUUCAAUAGGACGAAACAUGGGAGUCGUAAACUGAGACAAGUACAGGAUUCGCAGGUACCAUAUGAAGCACGUUUUGAUUCUUCCGGUAACAUAAUGGAUGAUAUUCUAGAACCUAAUGAAGUACUUUCUAUUGAUUGGAACAAACAAAAAGAAGGAGAACUUCUAUCAUCUUAUUCUAAUGGUGAUAUAAAAGUAUGGGAUAUAAAAUCAUAUACAACAAAGAAUCCUGAUAUUUCCGAUACAGUCUUAAAUUUUAAUUUUGAUGCUAUGGGUACCAAUUGUGUAACAUGGAUGCCAUCUCAUGAAUCUCUUUUUGCUGCAGCAGGUGAGAGUAAUAUAAUGUCGUUGAUGGAUACCAGGAAGAAAGAUUUUGAAGUGAAUAAAAUAGAUAUGAAACACCAUUCUGGAGGGAUCAAUGCCUGCAGGUUUAAUGUAUUCAGUAGCAUGCUACUAGCUAGUGCGGACGGAAAUGGGCACGUCAAUAUUUGGGAUAUAAGACAAUUAAAUACAGAACCAAUCACAACGUUUGAACACGGCUCAUCUAUUUCUGCAAUUGAAUGGAAUCCAAAUCUUGACACAAUAUUAGCUACUGCAGGUCAAGAGGAUGGCCUCGUUAAGAUAUGGGAUUCUUCAAAUAAUGAACCUAUAUUUGUUCAUGGAGGUCAUAUGCUUGGUGUUAACGAUAUAUCGUGGAAUGCACAUGACCCCUGGCUAAUGUGUAGCGUUGCAAAUGAUAACACAACUCACAUAUGGAAACCUGCGCGUAGUAUAGUAGAUGAUGCAUAA